GGGGCUUCGACGCCGGAAACGGCCCCGCCCCCCGCCCGCGGAACCGGAAGGGGAGCGCGGCCUGGGAGCGUUGCGGGGACCGCAGGAGCUAGGGCCGAGCCGGCCGGGGCCGACCGCAGCGGCGGCAGAAUCAGUCUCAAAUGCCUGGAAAUUCCUCCUUGGAUCACUGUGUUUCAGACACAGUUUUGUGAUCAGCUGUUCAUCUUUAACAGGAAAGAAAGAUGUGGAAAGCUUCGGCGGGCCAUGCCGUGUCCAUCUCCCAGGAUGACGGGGGAGCAGAUGACUGGGAAACAGACCCUGAUUUUGUGAAUGAUGUAAGUGAAAAAGAACAAAGAUGGGGAGCCAAGACGGUGAAAGGAUCUGGGCACCAGGAGCACAUCAACAUACACAAGCUGAGAGAGAAUGUUUUUCAAGAACACCAGACUCUCAAGGAGAAGGAGCUUGAAACAGGACCCAAAGCAUCCCAUGGCUACGGAGGGAAGUUUGGCUUGGAACAGGAUAGGAUGGAUAAAUCGGCUGUUGGCCAUGAGUAUCAGUCGAAGCUUUCCAAGCAUUGCUCACAGGUUGACUCAGUCCGGGGCUUUGGAGGCAAGUUUGGAGUUCAAAUGGACAGAGUUGAUCAGUCUGCCGUGGGCUUCGAGUACCAGGGUAAAACUGAGAAACACGCCUCGCAGAAAGACUAUUCGAGUGGUUUCGGUGGCAAGUUCGGCGUGCAGGCCGACCGUGUGGACAAGAGCGCCGUGGGCUUCGACUACCAGGGCAAGACGGAGAAGCAUGAGUCUCAGAGAGAUUACUCCAAAGGUUUUGGUGGCAAAUACGGGAUUGACAAGGACAAAGUGGACAAAAGUGCCGUCGGCUUUGAGUAUCAAGGCAAAACGGAGAAGCAUGAGUCGCAGAAAGACUACGUGAAAGGGUUUGGAGGCAAGUUCGGUGUGCAGACAGACAGACAGGACAAGUGUGCCCUUGGCUGGGACCACCAGGAGAAACUGCAGCUGCAUGACUCCCAAAAAGAUUAUAAGACUGGUUUCGGAGGCAGAUUUGGUGUUCAGUCCGAGAGGCAGGACUCCUCUGCUGUGGGGUUUGAUUACAAGGAACAGCCAGCCAAGCACGAGUCCCAGCAAGAUUACUCCAAAGGAUUUGGCGGGAAGUAUGGGGUCCAGAAGGAUCGGAUGGAUAAGAAUGCAUCCACCUUUGAAGAGGUCUCAAAGGGGUCCUCUGCCUACCAGAAGACUGUCCCUGUCGAAGCUGUGAACAGCAAAACCAGUAACAUCCGAGCCAACUUUGAAAACCUCGCUAAGGAGAAGGAACAGGAAGACAGACGGAAGGCUGAGGUGGAGAGAGCACAGCGGAUGGCCAAGGAGAAACAGGAGCAGGAAGAGGCCAGAAGAAAACUAGAAGAGCAAGCCAGAGCCAAAAAGCAGAGCCCGCCUGCAUCCCCACCUCCCCAGCUGGCUGAAGAGAAGCGGCCAUCAAGCCCCGUCUAUGAGGACGCAGCUUCCUUCACGGCAGAGCCGAGCUACGAAGGCCCCAGCAGCUCUGGGAGCGCCCCGGAGCCCACCUGCAGCGCGGAGGCCACGGGCUACCGAGAGGCUGGCGGGCAGGGCCUGGCCUACGCCCCAGAGGCCGUCUACGAAACCACAGACACCCCGGCCCACUACCCGGAAGAGGAAAACACCUACGACGAGUAUGAGAAUGACCUUGGAAUCACAGCCCUGGCCCUCUAUGACUAUCAGGCCGCGGGCGAUGAUGAGAUCUCGUUCGACCCCGACGACAUCAUCACCAACAUUGAGAUGAUCGAUGACGGCUGGUGGCGUGGCGUGUGCAGGGGCCGCUACGGGCUCUUCCCCGCCAACUACGUGGAGCUGCGCCAGUAGGCCGUCACCGCUGCCUUACACCCAGCCUGCCCCCAGUCCCAACACUACAGAUCAUGCCUUUUUUUUUUUUUUUUUUGAGGGUGGGAGGGGACUAUACAUACUGCCUUUAUAUUCAAUACUUUCGCUGAUGCUUUUGAAAAUGUUUACGCCACAGAAUUUGCUAAUAUAUUGUAAUCAUGUUCCUUAGAAGGACUUUGGUAAUUGUUUUUAUGCAUUUAAGGUAUUUUUUUUUUUGCCAAAUUGACUGUCUUGUUAAGCCAUUUCAGGGAUCUUUAGUUCUGUUGAGUCAAGAGUGCCUGUUGGCGUUGUACGCGGGCCACAGGCAGUCGGGGUCUCCGGGGACAGACGUGAGUGAACUUCCGUCACGUGUCCCUGCUGAGAAGGGCUGAGCGGGGCUUGGCGAGGGCAUCUCUGUGUCGCAGUGUUGGAAAGCCUAAGAGGGAGAGGGUCCGCUAGCAGGUUAGACUCGAGGGAAAUAGCUGGGAAGUACAGUGGCCUUAGGGUCUGGAGGAAGCCUUUCCACAGCGUGACACCCCACCAUGUGUGAUGAGUUUGGGGUCACCGCCUCCUCCCCUCGGCCAGCGCCUCAGUGUUUCCCUGGUGCCUCCCUUCUCGGCAGGUCCUCACUGCACACCCGCCACGCCCCAGUGGCCCCGAGGGUGCUGAGCCUCCCAUGCCCCCCAGAGAGAGGAGUGUCCCUUGCGUUCCUUAAAUCCCACCUUCCCCCACUUUACUCCAGCUCUGAACUGCAGUUAAGGGCACUGGGGUUUCACUGACGAGGGUGAAGGUAGUGUUGGGGUCAUCUGGCCUGCCCAGGCCUGAUGUCUCAGCCAUCGUGUCUGUGCGUCCAUCAUGUUGGGACAGUGGCUGCUGAGCUGCAGGGAGGUGCUUGCCUUUUCUCCUGUAAACUGCCGGAAACAUUCUUCCUGUCAAGGGAGUCAUGCCGUUUUUGGCAAAAUAUCAAGUUAAGUUACAGUAAACACAGUCGAUUGACUUGGCUAAAAUUGUGAAACAAGGUAUGUUAGUGUUCCUAUCAAAGUCACUCGCCAUGGCAGCUCGUCCUGGCUGCGCCUGACGCCCCGGCCUCGCCGAGCCGCUCGCUGGCUGAUGGGGAGAAGUCUGGAGCUGGACCAGCAGCUGGGCACACAGUCUUCCCAGCAGUCAUGCAGCACCAUCUCGGCUGCCUGGGACAACCAGGGAUGUGACAGACCCCUUUCCUCUCCUGAAAUGCGUUUCUGCAUCUUUUGCUUUACCAGAGUUAGGUUGGUUUUUAUAUACAAUUUAUUGAAUCUAAAUUUCUGUAGCACAUCUCAUAGGUAUGAUUUUUUUAAUUAAACAUUCAAAAUAAACUCUUUUGAUCCA